UGGAUAGCGGUGUCUUCCUGAGAUCUUUGACUGCUUUUGGUGCGAACGAUGGGGUACUGUACUCAGCAGAACUGCAAGGCCUUCGUGAACAACUGGCAUCGGCAAGGGCCAGUGCAGUUCGACAAAGAUGGCGUGUGUUUGCUGGAUUUGCUUUGGCUCGGCACCUUCGAUGUAAAUUGAUGAAUAUUCCAGUCCGACCAAAGGCUUCCGAGCCGGAGUCGAUCAACGCUGGCAUGCGUGUAUAUCGAGACCUUCAAACCCGUAAUUCGGUAUUUUCCACCAACUCUUCAACUGCAAGUGGACACACCCGAGAGAUGCAGGCUUUACGAAGACAACUUGUCGAGCAGGAAGAAUUAACCGCAGUGGUCAGGCAAGCAGCCACUAAGGAGAUUGAACGACUUCAAGCUCUUUUGGCAAAGGAAUCUGGUGAUCAUGCUGCAAGUGUGUGCGAAAUGGAAAGCCAAUACGAACGAACAAUCGCACAACUGCGGACUGAUUUAAGUCACAGUCAGCAAGCAGUCUCAGUCUUGUCCAAACGAUACGCCGAAUUGAAACGCACUUGCAAAAAGCUUAAUUUUCAGUUGACUGAUCUGCGGGCUCGCGAGAAUGAAAGCCUCAUGAUGAUGAUUCAGGUCACGGACAAAUAUACUUUUCUCAAUGGCCACAAACAAAUGGUUUUGGAUCGCCUCCAUGAGUUGGAGACCAAACUUGCCUGGGCUUCUUCGUCAUCGUCUUCUCCUAACGAAGAAAAUGCUGAUAUCGAUAGGUUUUUGGCAAUUCAAAGUCGUGCCAGCGGAUUGGAUAUACGGACCAGACAAGUUGAAGACCGACUGGGUGCAUUGGAGAACAAACUGGAGGCGACGGUUCAUCUACUUGAGAAAGCAUUUACUUUGCUGAAUGAGUCCAACCAAGACGCUCCCGAUUUCAGCUGUCCCUUAAAGCCAACGACAGUAUUCACGGAUCCUGAUGGAACUGGAAUAGAAGAGAACAAAAGUGAUUGCGCGGAUCGUUCCACUUCAUCCAACUGCUGUACUGCUGUCGAAGUUGAACUGCCACAUUUGACUCAACCUGUGUGUAGUACUGACGAGGCCAUCCAUCUUGAACAGCCCGAUUCCUCAGUGUCAGCUAUGGAUCCCUCGGAGUCUUCCUCUGAGGUUAGCUCUAGUGACUCACGGCACGAUGGACCGAAGACGCUUUUUAGUGGACCUCACGCGCCUCGGUUUUGUCGGUAUCAGUACACCACAUAUGAGCGGGAGCCAGUGCCACUGUUGAAUCCGGUUGUACAAUGUCGCCCCGUCUUUCACACUUUUUCAGGAGCUUCCGAAUGGGUCUCUUCUAGCGAAUUAGUUUGUGACAGCAGCUUUGUAAAAUUGGAUGAAAGAAUGCCCCAAAAUAUUUUGGGACGGCUUCAAGGGAUGAAAUAUGGCUCGGAAAACAAGGUAUGUCCGUGA